UUGGGUCGGAUCCCAGUCUCUUACUUAGGAUUCUCUUCACAUGUCCUUACAGAUAACCUCCGCCUGGCCGACGUGGAUGGAUCCACCAAGGUGGUAGCAUCCCAUCGCCUGAAUGCUGGCACGGCGUGGGGGCCAUAUGCCGGAAGUGUGCAGACAGAGGAGGCGGGGAAGGUCCCGGAAGAUGAGCAUCCCAGCCGGACUCUGGCGAGCGAAGACCCGGACUGCUGGCUUCAUAAAGUGCCCCUCACCUCCACCCCCACUGCGGCCAACUGCUCCAUCUAUAGCCAAGGAGAGCAGCUGUUCUGCAAGCUGACCUGUGAGGUCCAACAUGGAGAGAGUCUCUUGGCCGUGCUGACGGGGCCUGAUGCAGAACAGACCUCCCCCGCGGAGCAUCAGAAUGUGUCGGUGAAGGAGGAGUCUCCCUACCCUGCUGCUUUGCACCCUGAGUUUCAGCUCCUCCCCCAACAAGCUGGCAUGGCGGCCAUCUUGGCCACAGCUGUCGUCAACAAGGACAUCUUCCCGUGUAAGGACUGUGGAAUCUGGUACCGCAGCGAGAGGAACCUACAGGCCCAUCUCAUGUACUACUGUGCCAGUAGGCAGAAGCAGGCGGCCGGCUCGCCCCCCCAGGACAAGCCGAAGGACUCGUACCCCAAUGAGCGUGUCUGCCCCUUCUCCCACUGCAGGAAGAGCUGCCCUAGCGCCAGCUCCCUGGAGAUCCACAUGCGCACGCACAGCGGCGAGCGCCCCUUUGUCUGCCUCAUCUGUCUGUCGGCCUUCACCACCAAGGCCAACUGCGAGCGGCACCUCAAGGUGCACACGGACACGCUGAAAGGCGUCUGCCAUGGCUGCGGCUUCCUCUCCACCACCAGGGACAUCCUCUACAGCCACCUGGUCACCAGUCACAUGGUGUGCCAGCCAGGCUCCCGCAGUGAGGUCUACUCCCCCGGGCCGGGCCAGCCCCCGCUGCAGCCGGCUGCAGGGAAGAGUCCCGUGGAGCCUGGCGCCCCCCUGAAGUGCCAGCUGUGUGGCUUUGUGGCCGACACGCCCUCGCUCCUCCAACAGCAUGUGCGGGGUCAUCUGGAGGCAAAGGGCCCCGCUGGGGCCCGGCACAGCCCCCCCUCCGCGGAACGUCCGGACCCUCCUGCCACCACACCACGGCCCGACUCGGCCAGCCCCGGGACCAAUGGGGCCUCGACUGCGGCUCGGGAAGGGAGUCCGUCUGCCCCAGUUGGGUCCCCGUCCCCCGUGAAGGUUAAGGAGGAGCCUCAGUGUGACUCAACCAGCACGAGUGAGGAGGCGUCAGGCAGGGAAGGGCAGGUGAAGGACAGCUCCUCUCAGACGUCCUCCCCUCGCAGUCCGCCGUCGGUGCAUGUGAAGACGGAGCUCCCCAGCCCCACACCAGGAUCCAGCCCCGUGCAUGUGGGUGCGGGAGGGUCUCUCAUCCCCGGCGGUGCCGUGUUUCUGCCACAGUACAUGUUCGGGCCAGAGGCCACCAUCAUGCCACAGGCCUCGGAGAUCCUAGCCAAGAUGUCAGAGAUGGUGCACAGCCGGCUGAAGCAGGGCCAGGGCUCGGGCAGCGUGCCCGCCUUCUACGCCGCCGGCUCCCCCGUCCAGAAGGGGGCGACGUGCUUCGAGUGCGACAUCACCUUCAACAACGUCAACAACUUCUACGUCCACAAGAGGCUCUACUGCUCCAGCCGGCACCAGCAGGGCGAGGUGGCUGGUCCCGCCCCGCAGGGGAAAGAGAGGCCGGCUGCACCGGGAUGCCCCACUCCGUACGACUCCCCUCCGGGAACGGCGGGCAGCCAGGCCCCUCCCCCCCCACACAGCGACGCGGAGUCUGAGGUGGGCACCACGUUGGUGGUAGAGGUGAAGAGCGAGGAGGCGGCGAUGAAGGACCCCACGUCCUCAGAGGGGGAGAGCGGCGGCCGGAGCAGCGAGGGCAGCCAGAGUCCCGGUGGCUCAGUGGGCGACACUGACGACGAUCCCAGCCGCACCUUCUGCCAGGCAUGCAACAUCCGCUUCAGCCGGCACGAGAACUACAUUGUACACAAGCGCUUCUACUGCGCCUCACGCCAUGACCCGUCCAACCAGCGCCCCCACCAGGGCAAGGCCACCUUCCUGCCACAGCCCAUCCGAACUCGCAAGCGCAAGAAGAUGUACGAGAUCCACAUGGCCCAGACCAAGGCCCUGACAGGUUCUGCUGCCGUCCCCGUCCCCGUUCCUGUGCCGGCCCCAGCCCUGGCUCCCACCCUGGCCACAAAGCAGGAGACCGUGGCCCCGAUGACCCGGGUGUUGGAACAGCCUGCCCUGCCCAUAAGGCACCUCCCUGGGCCCUCCCCUAGCCCUAGCCCUGAAGGUGAGGGCCCCAUUGACCUCAGCAAGAGGCCCCGUCUGCGGGAGGCCCCUCAGGUAGGGCUGCCGGCACUGCCGCUCACCGAUUACCACAAGUGCACCGCCUGCAGCAUCAGCUUCAACAGCAUCGAGAACUACCUGGCCCACAAGACCUUCUACUGCCCGGCCACCACCUUGCAGCAGCGCUCUCUGGAGCAGCUCCACCGGCUGAAGCGCUCCGCCUCCACGUCGCCGCCAACGCGCCUCCCGGACGGGCCGGAGCCGUACCCGGACCACACGGAAAGCAGGGAGGUGAAGCCGGAUCCCGUGGCCGCGGCAGUGUCUUUCAGCACGCAGCAGCCAGGCCUCGCUAGGUCGCCCAGUUUGCCAGCACCACCCGGUGCCAAAGCACAUGCCUCCCCCACCGCCAGCCUGCCCGUGGUGUGCCCUUACUGCCCACCCAAUGGUGCAAUCAUGGGCGACCUGAUGGAGCAUUUCAGAACGGCGCACGGCCUGGUUCUGACCCUGCAGCCAGCGCUGGGCCGCAUUUUCCCCGACGAUGGGGAGGCGGCCCGCCACUCUGAGGCCCAGUCUGCUCCUGUUAGCCCCACCUCCAACCUGAGCCCCAAGGACCCUCCCCCGGCCACACCCCCAAACCUGGGCCCACCCCUUCACCGGGAAAGUGUGAACGGUCGGGUGAAGAGGGAGCCCGUCUCCCCUUCCUCGCCCCUGGUCAAUGGAAGCCCCCUGGGGUCUCACAAGGGUGGGAUUUCCCCUCUGGGCACCGCCCCCCUGACUGUCUCACCCGUGCCUGAUGCCGCACACUCACAGACCUCCCCUCACGGGCACAGCCAAGUGUCCCCCAAGACGGCGCUCGUCUCGCCCCUGCAGAACGGCAACACGCGCUUUUGCCGUCUGUGCAACAUCAAAUUCAGCAGUCUCUCCACUUUUAUAGCGCACAAGAAGUACUACUGCUCCUCCCACAGUGAGGAACAUGUCAAAUGAGAGGCUUUGCUCCUGCUGGCUCCGCCUCCCCCCUGGCCAUGGCCACACCCCUGACCACACCCCUCCAUGACACGUACGAAGCCUCAUGCUUAACUGACAUAGCUGUCCCUCUGGCUUCUUGGCUUUGAAGACGCAGGGGGAGGUGGGCCGGUGUCAGCCGAGGGACUAGAGGGUGGGCCGUCCCUUGCCGGGAAGUGGGCUGCCAUCACCGCCCUGAUGUCGCUGGUAUUGUUACUGUCCAAGGGUCAACUUUGUAAACCGUGCUACAGAACGAAAUCUGCCACCUGCAUCCUGUGACACUUCCUCUGAGGCUCAUGGUGGAACAUGCUGUGUCAGACAUGUCACACGGAAGCGUUUGGGUCCUGCUUCCAUCCGCUUUACUUAGCUUGGCAAGCAUAGUUUGUUUUCUUGAAGGUAUUGUUGAAGCUAAUCCCGAUUAAUCGAUGCAUUACAUGCCCUUGUUUAAAACACUUCCUUUUGAAGGCCAUGUGUACUGUGUUCAGUUGUGAGUUGGGGGACAGUGCCCCCUAGUGGAGCGGUGUAUUUUUUGUUAAACAACUGACUACAUUGAAUUAAAUGAGUUUCAUUUAAAAAAAAUACUGUAUUUUUUUGUUGUUUCUACACUGGCUCUUCCGUAAAAUGACGAAUAUGUCUGUUUAACCUAAAUAUGACAAUGAGCUCUCUGCUGUUUAUAGCUGGAAUCACUGCGACAUGAAAUUUCUUGUCAGUUUAUUUAGUUAUCUGAAAGAGUGGAAAAAUGCAAAAUAUUUAUAUUGGAGUCCCUGCCGGCUUUCUGUGAGCGUAAGCUAUAUAGUGUCUUUCAAAAGAGAUUAUUUCUAUUUUUGCGUUUUGUAAUUUUAAUCCUUUGAAUGGAUUUUCUUUUUAAUCUUAGUAUGUUAAAAUAUGUAUUCAGACCAAUUACCUAGAAACACGACAUAUCAUUUUAACGGUCAGCACCUGAAGUAUAUGUAACCACCUUUAAAUGGCCAAUGUUUUCAUCAGUAUAUGUGGGUGAGAGACGGCACGACGUCCAUUUUGUUACAUGCAGUCAUGGUUUUUUAUGUCACCCGGUCUCUGGACUGCAGAGCAGCUGAUAAAAUCUCCAAAAACAAUCACAGGAACAGCUGGACGGGAGCCUCGCCUCGCUCGCUGACUCCCGCCCGCUUACUCCUAACCCUGUGCCUGUUUCCUCUCCCGCUGCCCACACCACCACUCUAACCACUCGAGUCGAAAUGAAAUUUUAAUUUCAAUCGAUGCCUCUACACCGGGUCCCCGGUCCAUGCAGUUGGACUGACGUCGUAGGAUCGGUCUCGUGAUGACGUGUGUGUUUUAUUCUGGGUUGUGCUGUGCUCUUAUUUUGGAAAUCGAAACAGAAAAGGAGAGUGAAGUUAAAGUAUUAGUGUAGUGAAACAGCCCCCUUUGGCCCGAAAGACCACAGAACGCUUUCUGUUUUUCUUGUUUACAUGUCUGUGAGUGUAGUGGUCUGCUCCCAGUUCCAAGAUUGAUUCCACUCGAUUCUCCUCCGUUGAACUUGCCGCGGUGGUAACGGCAUGCAGAGACCUUGUUAGGCUUCAAUCUGAACGCUGUUUUCUAAACCAGGGACACUCCCGUGGAAGGG